AUGGGAAACUUCGAUGAUGAUGUACCUGUUUCAACAGGUUACUCACCAAAACAACAACAACAAAAUCAACAACAACCAUAUCUACCUCCACAACAGCCAUACUAUCCACAGUAUCAAGCACCAGUACCAUCAUAUCAACAGCAGCAACAGCCAAUCUACUCGAACCAACCAUAUCAACAACCAUACUACUCUGCUCAACCACAGCCACAACAACAAUACAAUGCUCAUGCACCACUAUUAAAGAAGGGAGAUAACAUAAAUGAUAUCGAUCAGAUUGAUAUCCAUGGCAACCAACACGAGCCCAUCGAGGGCCAGUACGUCUACGAGGACAACUGCCAAAAGUUCCCAGAGGCACCCAAGUACCAGGACGUGCUCUACACCAUCCUUUUCGUUCUGCACCUCGUUGGUCUGGGCGUCAUCUUUGGUGUGACCUUCACCGAGUCGUCGAGGGAGAGCUUCGUGUCCAACUUCUACGGCGUCAGAUAUGAGCGUGUGCUCAUUGUCAUUGGCGUCAGCUCAAUCGUCUCGCUCAUCUACGUCAUGGGCUGGUUGCGCAUCGCCGCCAAGCACGCCAAGGGUUUGAUCAACUUCACCUUCCUCUUCAACCUUGCCCUGUGCGUCGUCACCACCGUCUUUGCCUUCAUCUACAACCAAAUCCUCCUUGGAGUCCUCUUCCUCAUCUCGACCAUCCUCACCUUCUUCUGGUACCUCGUCUUUAGAAAGAGAAUCGACUUCUCUGCAGCUCUCCUCACCUCUACCAUUGAGCUCUUGCAAAGAUUCCCAAGUGCCUUCAAGCUUGGAUACAUUUCAUUGUUUGUCAACAUUGUCUGGUUGUUCAUUUGGUCAGCAAUCUACUUCCGUAUCUACUACGUGUUUGAUCAGAACACCUUCUACGGCCUCUCGGUCUACAUGGUGUUCUCAUUCUACUGGGUGGCCAACGUGAUGAAGAAUGUCGUGCACACCACCAUCAGUGGUUUGUUCGCUUCAUGGUACUUCCUCGAGGGCACCGACGUCGGCAUGCCCGAGAACCCAACACUCAAGUCGUUCAAGCGCACGAUGACCACAUCGUUCGGCUCAAUCUGCUUUGGUUCAUUGCUCGUCGCCAUCAUCACCACUCUUCGCUACCUGGCCCAACAGUUGAUGAACUCGGACAACAACUUUGUCAAGUUCAUUGGCUGCCUCAUCAACUGCUUCCUGGCCAUCUUCCAGAGCAUCAUUGAGUUCUUCAACAUCUACGCCUACACCCAGGUGGCUAUCUAUGGCAAGUCAUACUGCGAGGCCGCCAAGGACACCUUCCAGCUGUUCAAGCAUCGUUGUGCCGACAUCAUCAUCAACGACGACUUUAUCAGCACUGCUCUCUCCAUGUCAGUGUUCUUUGGCGCCAUCGUUGGUGGCAUCAUCGGAGGCAUCGUCUCAUACUGUGUCUAUGGCACAUCUGUCGAUGGUCUGUUCACCUUCUUCACCACUUUGACCUUUGUCCUCAUCGCCUUGGAGGUCGUCUACUCUGGUGUUGUCUCGACCAUCGUCUGUUUCUUGAUGGAGCCAAAGAUCCUGAAGGCUUCCAAGCCAGAGAUCUACCAACUCUACACUUCCACCUACAAGAAGAUCGUUCUCUAA